AUGGACGAAAAUCAAGAACUUGCGCUUGCCCAGAUGAGGAAAUUGGUUCAAAAGCUUGGUUAUUCCUCUGAGGGUUAUGGAGAUCCAACCCUGAUGAGAUUCUUGAUUGCAAGGUCAUUGGACACAGAGAAGGCUGCAAAUAUGUUUGUGCAGUGGCAAAAAUGGAGGGCUUCCUUUGUGCCUCUUGGCUCCAUUCCUGAUUCACAGGUUGAAGAUGAAUUAUGUGGAGAAAAGAUAUAUUUGCAGGGCUUAUCAACUAAAGGUACUUCAGUUGUCAUAGUCAAAGCUUGCAAGCACUAUCCUUCCAAGGAUCAACCUCAAUUCAAAAGUAAAAUGUGGCUUUCUUUAUUGACCUCUUUGUGUGCUAAUUUCAGUGCUAUUCAAGGUGAAGAAAUAGGAAACGAGAAGUUGACAGUAAUUCUUGAUCUGGAAAAGCUUUCCUACAAAAAUGUUGAUGCUCGGGGUUUGAUAACCGGUUUUCAGUUCUUGCAAGCAUAUUAUCCGGAACGUUUAGCCAAGCUGUACAUCCUGCACAUGCCUGGAUUUUUCGUGCGUGUUUGGAGAUUUGUUUCCCGCUUUCUCGAAAAAGCUACUCAAGAAAAGGUAGUGAUAGUGACGAGUGAAGAUGAAAAACGAGAAUUUGUUAAGGACAUUGGUGAAGAAACCUUACCAGAAGAGUACGGUGGCCAAGCCAAACUUAUCCUCAUUCAAGAUUCUUAA